GGCGGAGUGUAUAAAUAAAACAGGAUGUGACAUCCGCAGCAAUAUUGGCCCAAAUUCGCGAAGGCACUGUUGUUAAAUAUGAGCACGUCGGUGGUUGUAUCGAUGUCAGAAUUAUGCGGGCUUGCCCUGGUAUUACUACCUGUUCUUUCUGGAAUGCUCGCCUCUCUAAAAAUCAGCAAUCCAGGGCCUGCUCCGACAUCUCCGAAGGUGCCGACUCAUGAUGCUACUGGCGUGCAGAGGUACGACGAUAAUUUAUCAGAGAUUCUAAGUUGUUUCGGGACGACUUUUCUAUCGUGCUGGGAUUUCUUUACACUUCCUGAUCCUACGUCGGGAUUUGUCCAGUAUCUGCCUUACGACCAGGCUGUCGCAGCUGGUAUCUAUCAGCAGGAUGGCGCAAAGGGAAAAGGUAUCUACAUGGGCGCGGGCACUGGGAAGAGCAUGCCGGUGCAGUCGAUUCGUUUGGAGUCCAAGCUCACGUUCACCACGGGCCUGUUCUUGAUCGACAUCGAGCACAUGCCGACGGGGCCUGGUGUUUGGCCUGCGUGGUGGAGCUACGGGCCGAACUGGCCGAGCAGCGGUGAGAUCGACACCCUGGAGACAGUCAGCGGCAGCAACACCUACACGACUCUGCACACCUCCGCCGGGUGCCGUGUGGCUGCCCCCGGCAUCUCCAGCGGCGGAGACUGCAACGCGGGCAACGGAGGCACAGGCUGUGGCGUCACCGGCGGAGCCAAUGGGCCAGGGGUGGUGCCCAGCGAUGCAGGUGGCGAACAGUUCAACAAGGCUGGCGGUGGUGUCUACGCCACGCUCUGGUCCCAGGACGCUAUCCAGGUGUGGAUGUGGAACAGGGCCGACAUUCCCGAGGAUGUCAGGCUCGGCAAGCCCAGGGUUUCCACCUGGCCGGCGCCCUACGUGUCGUUCCGCAUUGGUCCAGGCACCAUUCGGAGAACACUUCGCCAACCAUAAGCUCGUGAUCAAUCAGGACUUCUGUGGCGCGUGGGCCGGGGUGAAGUUUGCGAGAGCGGGCGUCCACCCGCCUGGUCCCCAGGGCUGUUCGGACUAUGUCUCCGACGCCGGCAGCGACCUGUCGGAGGCGUACUGGCUGAUCAACUACGUAAAGGCUUUCAAUUCAGCCGACAGCGCGCUCUUGCCGUGGAGUGAUUGACGUCUGCAGUCUCUGGGCAUCAUCCUUUUCCCCGCCGUGCGCGCGUGCGGUUCCCCUGUGCCAGCUUCGGGGCUCGGACGUGUCGGACUCCAGAUUCUUAGGUGCUGCCUCUCACAGAACGGGCGCACUUGGCUUUCAUCGAUUUUGCUAUGCGGGAGACGGGCUUAACAAAUCACAGACAGUGGCUUGGAAUUGAACUUACCCGCUGCAGUUCCUGGCGGAGAACCGUGGGCAACGCCUUGGGGCCGAUGUCAGCGGUAAUCAAGGAUUGUAGGACUUGUACGCAUGUGUAUGAUGAUAAUGGCGAGUGUGGAGAUGAUUACAGCGAGCAAGGGGGUUGGAAGAGGAAGCUCCCCAAACCACCUGCGCCCAGACGGCCGGUGGGAUUUUUACCUGUGCGCCCCGGGGCCCCUUCGCAAAGCGUGCCGCCCGCCCGCGGCUCUUCAGGUGCGGCGGCGCGCGCGCCCGCGGGCGAAGGAGGCC